AUGACAUCAUUUGAACACCAUCCAUUUGAAAUAAAAACGAAUGGUAUGCACGAUGAUUUAUUACUUCCACUUCAAAACGUUGAUCCAUCAUCUCAUCCACCUCCAUUUCUUCAACCUCAACGACAAUCAUCACCUCCUCCGUUUUAUCUGUUGAGUCAAUAUCCAAUUGAACAGCCCCCUACGGGUAGUACGAAUUUAAUUGAGCAUUUUAAUUUAAAACGUGACUUUGAAAAAUAUUGUAAUAAACAAAUUAAACCGUCAUUGAGAGAUUUUUUACCCAACAUAAGUUAUGUUGAUACAGCACAAUUGAAAGACGAUGCCAAUAGUGGAACAUUACGAGCAUUAUUAGUUGAGCGUAUCAUAGUAAAUCCAAUUGUACCACUGACAGAAACACAAUUGUUAUCAUUUCGUUUACAAAAACAACCUUAUCUUCCUGAACAAUAUCAAAUAUUUACCAUGCCAAGAGAAACACGUUCAACAACAACAGUACCACUAACCACAACGACUGAUUAUUCUCAACAGCAGCAGCAACAACCACAACGCAUUUCGCCCGAUGUAAAACGAAAAGCAUCAUCAUCAUCGGAUGGUGGUGGAGGACCAGUGAAUAAUCCUGUUUUAGUUAAUAAACAAACAAUUUCACCAUACAUGAACGGCGAAGGGCUGUUAGGAAGAAUGACAUAUCCAGUUAUAACUCCAUCAAAUGCCAACAAUAUUAACGAUCCAAAUAAUGAUCAGGAUGAUGUGAAUUUAAACAAAAGAAAAACAAAAAAAACUAAAAAGGAUAAAAGGUUAUAA